UGCCUGCCUUGCAAGCAGGCAGUCCUGAGUUCGAUCCCCGGUACCGAUAAAAAAAAAAAAAAGAAGAAGAAAAAGAAAAAAAAAAAAAAGAAAGAAAAAAAAUGUUUCUAGAGCUAUUUAAAAAACUUGCAUUUACAAAAUCGUUGAUAAAAAUAUUCCUCCGGAUUGCACAAGAAGGGGGAUGGGGACCUGAGGAACGCGGUGUGUGGUCAUCAGACUCGGCUGCUUUCUCUUCUGUGUCGCCCGAGGCUGCUCUCUCCUGCUCCGUUUCUCUGCUCUCAGGACAUUGCAAAGAGAGAGAGGCGCCCUCGCUGGCUUUGAUCUCCCUGGGUCCCUGAACAGAGGACAAGCUCCAUUCCUUCAAGAUGCCAACAUCAAAGAAGAACCGGAGGAGAGACUCCGAGACGCCCCCGGAACCUUCGGAGAAGGUCAAGGAGCAGCAGGCCGAAGCCGAGCUCUGCAAACUUAGGCAGCAGUUCCGAAAGAUGGUGGAGAGCCGGAAGUCCUUCAACUUCCUCAGCCAGCGGAAGCUCGCUAGCCAGGGUAAGGAAAUCCAGACUCUGAAAGCAGAGCAAGACGAGAUCACCCUGCUUCUGCAUCUCACAAAGUCCACCAAGAACCUGAAUCUGAAUCAGAAGAACUAUUUGGAGCUGCGCUUCCUGUUGCAGGCCAAGGAGGACUACGAGGCACUGAUCAAGUCCAUGCGGGCACUGCUGGCCGAGUUGGAUGAGAAGAUUCUUCAGAUAGAAAAAAAAAUCCAAACCCAAAAACAGAUCUUCGUAAAAAUACAAGAGGCCAGUAACCCCCGGAAACUGCAAAAACAGAUUCACAUUUUAGAAAAGCGUUUGAAUCUGGUCACUGUGAACUUUGACAAGAUGCUGACGACCAAUGCCAAGCUCCGGAAGGAGAUCGAGGACCUGCGGUUCGAGAAGGCCGCUUAUGACAAUGUGUACCAGCGGCUGCAGCGGCGGCUGCUCAUGCAGAAGAAGACCAUGAACGCAGCCAUUGAGCAGUCCUCGCAGGCCUAUAAGCAGAGGCUGGAGGCCAUGGCUCGCAUUGCGGCCUUGAAGGACCGCCAGCAGAAGGACAUCUCCCAGUACAACCUGGAGAUCCGCGAGCUGGAGCGGCUCUACGCGCAUGAGACCAAGCUCAAAUCCUUCCUGCUCGUCAAGCUCAACGACCGCACUGAAUUUGAGGAGCAGGCCAAACGGGAGGAAGCUCUCAAGGCAAAGAAGCACGGGAAGAAGAGCAAGGGCACGAGCUUCGAGAGCUACGAGGUGGCCCACAUGCGGCUGCUGAAGCUGGUGGAGGACGGGAACCUGAACCACCUCAUCGAGGACUUCCUGGCCAAGGAGGAGAAGAACUUUGCCCGCUUUACCUACGUCACGGAGCUCAACAACGACAUGGAGAUGAUGCAGAAGAAGACGCAGAAGAUCCAGGACGAGAUCCUCCUCCUGCGGUCCCAGCAGAAAUCCGAGCGCGAGGACAGCCACUUGGCGCUGAGGCAGCUGGAGGAGAAACUGAGGAAGACCUCGGAGGAGGUGAGCGAGUAUGAGCAGAGAUCCGGAGAGGUCAGCAAGACCCUGCAGCUGCUCAAGAGCGCCGUGCAGAGCCUCUUCCAGAAGAUCGCCUGCGACCCCAGCAGGAUCCUGGUGCAGCUGGGGGAGACCGGCGAGGUGACGGACGCCAACCUGCCGCAGUACUUCGCCUCCAUCGAGAAGCGGACCAACGACCUGCUGCUGCUGGAGGCCCACCGCCGCAUGCAGGAGGCGGAGAGCCCGGAGGCCGAGCCCCCGCAGCCCUUCGUCAACCCGUUCUGGGGCGGCUCCGUGCUGCUCAGGCCGCCCGAGCCCGUCAGGGUGGCGCCCCCUGUGUUUGGGGCCGACCCCUUCAGCGAGCGGCUGGAGGACGUGGAUCAGCCCCUGGAGCACAGCAGCCUGCACCAGCUGGUGCUGGACGCCUACCUCUCCAAGGAGGCCCGGAGCAAGGAAUUGCACCCCGACAUGCUGUCAGAGAAGGGCGAAGAGCCGAGGCCCAAGAAGAAGCAGACGCUCUGAGCCCCGCGGCCACGUUUGUACCAGAACUGGAAAGAAUAGAUGUUUUGUUCUGUAACCUCCGGACCUUUGCACGACCAGUGCUGCGAGACCUGGGUGGUAGGGGUGGUGCGGGACGAAGAAUGGGGUUCGUAGCCACCACAAGCGGGAGGGUUGGGUGCCUCAGCACUGUCCGUGAGGAGCCCUAGAAGGUGACCUGCCCCGGCCGAGACAAAGCACGGACAAGCAAAGUGGAGGCCCGCGCUGCCUAACACUGAUUUGUGGUUGUUGUUGGUUACUAAGGAUUGAACCCAUUUGACUGUGUUAUAUCCCAGCCCUUUUUACAUUUUAAGUUUUUAUUUAUGUAUUUAGUUUUGGUUUUUUGGUGGUGGGAGAAUUGAGAUAGAGUCUCACUAAUGCAGUUCAGGCUGGCGUCCAACUCACAGCUGUCUUCCUGCCUCAGCCUCCCUAGUGCUGUGACUACAGGUGUGCACCCCCAUGCCUGGUGUUAUUUUUGGCUUUUUUUUGAAACAGAGUCUCAGUCUGUAACUCAGGCUGGUUUUGAACUCACUAUGUAGCCCAGGCUGGCCUCGGACUCAGGGCAAUCCUCCUGCCUCAGCCUCUUGAGAGCGCUGGCAUUACAGGUGUGCACUACACCUGGCCCUUUUUAUUUUUUUGUGAUAGGGUCUCACUAAGUUGCCCAGGCUUGGCUCGAUCUUGAGAUCCUCCUGUUUCAUCCUCCCAGAGUGCUGGAUUCCAGGCAUGUGUCACCAUACCUGGUCAGUGUAUUUCUCUUGAGACCCCAGGGCCACACGGGGCACAGCAGGGCUCAUAGCUGCUCAGGCCACGGGGUCUCAGGCCAUGGUGGCUGUGUCUCUGUCUCCCGUGCACAGCUGUCUCUGCGUCUGCAUCUGUGUGUGUGUGUGUGUGGUGUCGCUUGGGGGCCAGCAGGUCACCUCCGGAGCUGCGCACAAACCCUUCCUAGGCAGAACUGUGAUUCCUGAGCCUCAGGAUGCCCUGCUUCCUGUUCCCUCCAGUGUGACCUCCUCCCCCUGCCCUUGUGGCCAAUCAUGUGACCAGGCUGCUGUCCCAGGUUGAUGCAGGUUCCUCCAGCCCAAGGCACAGUAUGCAGCUGGGGAGCGGAUGGGCUAGUGUCCACCAGGUCACAGAGGGGCAGGAGAGCACGGGGAGCAGCUGGGGGCCACCUGGCCACCACUGAGCACAGAUCGCAGGCCCCAGGUGGGUGCUGCAGACUCCUGGAUGCGGCUGUGCCUGAAGCCCCGGCACUUUGUCAUGGGCACCCAUCUCUCAAAGGUGGGGGGCCGGGAGUUUGCCACCACUGCAGGCCUGACCGCUUUGGCUGUGGCUUUGGUCAUCAAGAUCAGUUUAGCUCAGCGGCAUAAGCACCUGCCUUGCAAGCAGGCGGUUGUGAGUUUGAUCCCCAAUACCGAUAAAAGUGAAAAAAGACCAAAAAAAAGAUAAAAAAAAAGAAGAUCAGUUCAGGUCUGGACCGCAGGCCCAUUGGCACCCCGAGGAGGGGUGUUCGUGUGGCUUCACAAAGGGCACCUGGGGCAGCAGAGGACACCAGGCCAGGUCUGCACAUCCCUUUUAUUUGCCCGCGGCCUCCAGCUGUGUUUCCAGCCCAGCUACAAGCCCGGUGGGCUGCGCGGAGGCGGAGGCUGCUCAGUCCUUCUCCUCGCCGUGGGUGAUGAUGUGCACCAGGUUCUUGUAGUCCAGGUUGCCGGUCACAUCGGGAGGGAAGGCUGUAAACAUCUGGUCGAUCUGCAAACAGCCAGCAGGGGGCGCCGGCGUGACAGGAGGCCGGGGUGGGACACCCAGUGCCCUGACCCUGGGGCCUCCUGCAUUUAGGGAUGUGUGUGUGUGUGUGUGUGUGUGUCUGUCUGUCUGUGCUCCUGGGGACUGAACCCAGAAGCUUUGCAUGAGCUACAUCCUUGGUCCAUUUUUAAUUUGGAGCAAGGGUCUCACUGAGCCACUAAGUUGCCCAAGCUGGGCUCAGACUUGUGAUCCUCCUGCCUCAGCCUCCAGUGCUGGGGUGACAGGUGUGAGCCAUCCCGCCUGGCUUACAAUUUUUCUGUUUUUUAGGACAGGGUCUCGAGAUGUAGUUCAGGCUGGUCUCGAACUCUUGGCGAUUCUUCUGCCUCAGCCUCCUGAAUGCUGGGAUUACAGGGCAUGCACCAUACAAUUUUUAAUAAAAUGUGGAAUCCGAAAA